AUCACAUGCAAGAAAACGCGCGUUUCUCAUUCGUUGAAAUUGCGUGCCGAAUAAGGAUUAAUUUGUUAACAAAAGAGAAGCAUUUUGUUUCGUUUCAACAACAAAUCAGCUAUAGUCGUACACCAUUGAAAAUAGUUCCAUCAACUUUUUGAAAAUUUCGCCAUCUUUUGGCCCAGCUGAAAAAUUGCAUAUCCAGUCGAGUCGAGAAAUACAGUUUCACACGAUACGCCAAUGAUCACUGUACCUGAAAUCAUGCAAUCUAACUAACUGAAAUGAAGGAAACUGAUAUUUUGGGGGAGGGGUCGAAUGAACCAAAUCAACCAGGUUCGGAUGAAAAUUCCAUGUCUUUGGCCGAAUUUCCGGGUGAUAUAACUCCAUCCAUGCUGGAGUCUCCAAACUUAGAUGAUUUCUUGCAGGAGUCGCCCAAAACCACGGAUAACCAAAACACUUCAAUAGACCAUUCUAAAAGUUCUGAUGUCAUAGAUCUGAACUCUACGCGGUCGCCAUUAGAUGAGAAUGAAACAUCGGCCAAUAAUGACGUUGAUAGCUCCGAUAAAGUAACAAAAAGUAAACCAGAUGAAAGUAACGAUGAUGCAGUCCCUACUGAAACCAACGAAGAGGAAGAGGAUGAUUUUGACAUCAUGAAAGAGUUAGACAGCAGUGAGAGUGAGAGAAGAGGGGGCAAGCCGAAGGACAUAGCCUGUUGGCAGUGUCAUCAGGAGCUGGUGGACUUCAGCUGCAGUUUGUGUCCUAGGGGCUUCCACUUGGUCUGCAUGGAAAGCGGGACUGCAGGAGGGGGACCUGACUGGAUCUGUCCCAUUUGUGAGAAAGUAUCUGACGCAGAGUGUGUAGACUCGCCCACAAACCUGCCCGAGUACAUCAGCCAGGAGACACUUUGUCUCAUGUUGAAGUUCGCCAUCACCAACUGCAGACCAAAGGUCAACGACCUCUUCCACUUCCCAGUCAGUCUGGAACACUUCCCCACCUACCCAAACUUCGUCAUCAACCCCAUGGACCUCGCCACUCUAGAGCAGAACUGCAAGGACAUGAAGUACUACAGCACGACUGCAUUCGUGGCAGACGUGGAGUGGAUCUACCACAACUCGUGCGUCUUCAACUCCCCACUCAACCCCAUAUCCAAAGUGGCCAAACGGGCAGUCGUACACCUCAAAAACGAAGUGGAGAUAAUAGAAGUGUGUGCGAACUGCUAUGCGAAUCAUCUAUUGUCCAAUGGCUUCUCCCAGCUGUGCAGAGAUGCACCCCACGAGCCAGUGUGGGCCAAAGUGUCCGGAUACCCCUACUGGCCAGCCAAGGUCAUUCGGGAGAAAGCAAUGCAGGUGGAAGUGCUCUUCUUCGGAGACCACGACAGGGCAUGGUUACCCAAAAACAAAGUACUCAGGAUGUCCAAAUCUCUCCCUGAAGCUGUCAAACAUAAUCAGAAAGCAUUCGAAGUGUCAAUGGAGGAACUUAAAGACUACUGCGACAACCUCCAGCUGGUCACAAAUUUCAAGUUUUCACCUCAUCGAACCAGUUUUACAGGCGAGAACAAAAUCAGCAGAGUCCAACCAUCCAGAACUAGAAGGCUGAGUAACUUUGAGUACAAUUUCGAUGAUUCAAAAAUGUAUAUCAAGUCCGAACCGGAAUCAUCAGCCGAUUCAGCUAAUGAAGAUUUGGAAUCUGAUGCAGAAGGACUUCCUGCUCAAGUGAUCAUCAAAGAAGAACCUCUGGAUAAUAGCGGAACGUUCCAGAAUCUUUCGCUGGACAUUCCGAGAACAUCGUCUAGUAGUACUUCUGCCAGAAGUCCUAGUCUCCAGAGGACGCGGAACUCAAUUUAUUCGAGAAGCGGGAAAGACAUCGAUUUCGAAGUGGAUAAUUUUGACAUGAGAUUCCAUUUAUUGACAACAACAGUUAACAACUCUUCCGACCUGAACACUUUCAACCAUUCUCUGGAAAAAGACUGGACUUCGGACGAUGAAAAUUCUUCGAGCAGCGCUGAUCAAACGUAUGAUUUAGACAAAAUUGUCAGUGUGGUCCAAGAUCGGUAUUCCAAAAAGGAAGUGUCAAAUACUAAUGUCACUGGAAACAGCAGUAGCAGUUUUCUGGCUCCGAGCACUAGUAGUUACCCUGCAUCACCAACAGGGAUGCCUCAUGCGAGUAAGAGUGUGAAUUCAUGGCUGGCAGCGCGUAAGAACUCACUGCCUACCAUGGUCCAAUGCAAUAUUCUUGCUAUGCAACCUCCUUCCUCUUUCUCGAAACAAAUUAGUCCUCUCGUUCAAGGCAAUAACAAUUCGAACGCAGACAAGUUUUCUUUCACAGAUAGUCCAACACAUCGAAUGCCUUCGACGUCGAGGUUGAACAUGCAAAUUCGGCAAAGUUUGGAACCAAUUUCACCAAAUAUGCCUGCAGCUCAUUUUGUUCCUAUUUCAAGUAAUCAGCAAACCUGGACAUCCAAUGUACCUCAACUAGGAUUUGACCAAAAUGGAGGUAAUAUGAUGAACGUGUUUGGAGCUCCGAAUGCGAACACAUGUCCAGGAAUUACAACGAACCAUCAGAUUGCAGUUUCGUCUGGAGGGUUUGUGAUUCCUGUUUCGUCUUUACAGCAACAAGAUACCACCAGCAGUCAAUUGCGAAAGCGACUGAAUGAGGAGGGAGGACUUAGGCACUCACCUGAUUUGGGACCCCAACCUCCGACCAGACCCCGCUUGGAAGUAAAAGGCACUCCUAAUGUCGAGGCUCAAUUGCAGGGUAGUCUGGCCGAAGCAAAAAUAGUUGACAAAGUAACUGAAAAGCUCAAUGAUUCCUUGCAAACAAUGGUGGAGUCUUUUCUUUCGAAUCGCAUCAACAAUAACGUGGAAUCCCCUACGACUAAAGUGUCUUCAGACAAAGACUCCGCUGAAUGUAGUGGUGAACUGAAAAGGAAAAUUGCGUCUCUUGAAGCUGAGCUGCAAUUGACGAAACAACAGAAGAAGGUUGAUGUGAUGGAGUUGUGUGGGUUCUACGAGUACCUCUUGGCAGAGGCCAAGUACGGGGCCGAGGUAGCAUUCAAACACGAGUUUGAGAAGUUCAAAGACAAGACAGUAAAAGAAAUCAAAAGCCGCCAAUGGUGUUCUGUGUGCAAAAAAGAAGCGUUCUACAACUGUUGCUGGAACACCAGCUACUGCAGUUGUGAGUGUCAGAAGUUACACUGGGCCACCCAUUCUGCCACCUGUUCACACCUGCCCCAGUCACAGCCCAACCCGAGCCCAAUCCCCAUUUUGAACCAGCCCCAAAUCAACCCAACUCCUUCAUCUGCAUCGUCUGCGAUCACACCUGGAUGGACCCACGUGACCUCUGUGGUGAUUCCAUCUGUCACCAGGCCUCACCCUAACUUACACAGUGCUUCCAAGCCGAAUUCCUCUGAGGGUCUCAGUGGCCCAUCUGUCCGGUUUUUAAACCAGCAACAUUCAUCAUCGGUUUUGAGUUCUACAAACAUGAUCGGCUCAAUGCAAAGCAACCCUACUCACAGCAAUGUCAUAGUGAGCAACCCGUCUUUCAAUCCGAACUCCACAAUUGGCAGAGUUCGACCUAAACUUUUGAAUUCUACAGCAGUGAGCCAGUUUAAAACCCCCAAAAUACAAAAAGUGAUGUCACUUGCUUCGAAUCAAGCUGAAUUUUAGAAUGAAAUUGAUAUAAAACUGGAAAAAACUCGAAUCGGAGAGCUGAUUUUAACCUUUACUCUAAUCAGAAGUACAGUCUGAAAGUUAUGAGUUUAUAUUGAAAGUAUCGUAGCAUUCCAUGCAUUUAAAAUGAUGAAUGUGUAUAUUUUGGUUUUCGUUCGCAUAUGUUUCCAUGCUUAUCUUUCGUUACUUUAAUUUUCACAGAAUUGAAUUUUGUUUUCUCUGAAUUAAUUUAAAU